CCCAGAUAUCGUAUUUACCGGCCUACUCUCCCUCCGCAUGUCCGGAUUGGUGGCUUCCAGUGGGCCGCUGGCUUUUCGGUACAAUACUGAUCUGCAAAAACACAUGCUUCGGCCUUGUCCACAUUCCGGCCAACGUGCCGAACGCCUCACAUCGACGCCUGCUCACGCGCGUGCGCUCCACUUCUUGGCCCAAGUAUCAACGGAUUCUCCCCCAGUCGUUGCAAAUCGCAGCGAGAUGGACCGAGGGACCCUCUUCAACGAGACACGAAACCUGGCACGUAGUUAUGCCGCCGUUUAAAUAACAUUUGCGCUCUGCUACCAAGCACUUAUCUACCCCUCCUUCACGCUUUGUCGUCUGCUUCUCCAGUGUAACCAACUCUUCCUGAUCUCACAAUGGUUUCUUCCACAGAUUCUGGCGCAGCGCGCUCCUUUCCCACUAUCAAACAUGUGCGAACUUUCGUUACCCAAGGCCCCGGCAGCGGCGGAGACUAUCACAAUGUUGCUGGUGGCCACUGGCUCAUUGAUAGCAAGAUCUCGACUCCCAUGAGCCAGUAUGAAGAUUACCGCAAGUCAAGAACCAGCUGGGGCAUUAAUGUCUUGGGAUCCUUCUGUGUUGAAAUCGAGGCCAGUGACGGUACCAAGGGUUUUGCUACUGGAUUCGGAGGUCCGCCAGCAUGCUGGCUAGUUGCUGAGCAUUUCGAGCGCUUCCUGAUUGGCCAAGAUCCUAGAGAUACCAACCACAUGUUCGAGCAGAUGUACCGUGCGUCCAUGUUUUAUGGUCGCAAAGGCCUCCCAGUUGCCGUCAUCUCAGUAAUCGAUCUUGCUAUUUGGGAUCUGCUCGGCCACAUUCGCAAUGAGCCCGUAUACAAGAUGCUCGGUGGAGCUACCCGGGAGAGGCUCAACUUCUACUGCACUGGUCCUGAGCCUGCAGCAGCAAAGGAGAUGGGUUUCUUUGGCGCCAAGGUACCACUGCCUUACGGCCCUGGUGAGGGUGUUGAGGGUCUCAAGAAGAAUGUCGAGUUCCUCACCAAGCACCGUGAAAGCGUCGGACCAGAUUUCCCUCUCAUGGUUGACUGCUACAUGAGCUUGAACGUACCCUACACAAUCGAAGUCGUAAAGGCCACCGAACACCUUAACUUGAACUGGUGGGAGGAGUGCUUGUCACCCGAUGAUUCGGAUGGUUUCGAGCAGAUCAAGCGCGCUCACCCUCGCAUGAAGUUUACCACGGGCGAGCACGAGUACUCGCGAUAUGGCUUUAGGAAGCUCAUCGAGGGCCGCAACCUGGACAUCCUCCAGCCCGAUGUCAUGUGGGUUGGAGGUAUGACUGAGCUCAUCAAGAUCUCGGCCAUGGCCGCUGCCUACGACAUUCCUGUUGUGCCCCACGCCAGUGGACCAUACUCGUACCAUUUCGUUGUUUCUCAGGCCAACUCGCCAUUCCAAGAGUACCUCGCAAACUCACCGGACGGCAAGUCUGUUCUGCCCGUCUUCGGCAACCUAUUUACCAACGAGCCCAUCCCCACCAAGGGAUAUCUCGACGUUAAGACCCUUGAUCUCCCAGGCUUUGGCCUCAAGCUGAACCCCAACGCCGGCUUGAUCGAUGCCACUCGCAUACUAAACCCAGCGCCUCAAAAAGCGCUAAAGCCUGCUGAGCCUGAGAAGGCGGAGGUCAAUGGACACGCGUAAUGACAUGCACCGCAUUGUGAGAAACGUGGUUACACGACAUCAUGGCGUUGUGGAGUUGCAUAUGGCUUGCUUUUUGGAAAGCCCGGUGUUCAUGCAUUGCGCCGGAGCGGCAAUUUUGUUCUUGGCCGUUCGCUGGCAACCAGAAGCAUCUGGGUGAAAUUUUGUAUUUGCGCAUGGCGGCAUGAGCGAUGACUAGUUACACACGUAGCUUUACGACAUGGCUGUAGCUUAUGAAGAAUGAAGGAUACAGAAUAC